AUUAUCUGAAGAGAGUCAGAGAAAAGUUUGUUUUGGAUAGACCUCGAACGCAAACUAGUUAGGGGGCGGCGGAUUAAAGAGCUACUUUACCUUCAUCGAUGGGACAAAACUGGAAUUAAGGGGAGGGAAAUCUCCAAAAGUAUCAAGAAAUGACGACGCAUUACUCAAACGCUUCUGGUGGCUCGGAAGAGCAAGUGCAUCUGAUGAACGAUGAAGAACACGAGUCCGAGAGUCCUCAGUCUUCCCGUCUAAAUCGGAAGAGUUUGGUGAUCUUUUUUGGAAUUACUGCGGUAGCAGUAGCGUUAGUAGUCGGAACAGUUAUGGUGUCUUUAUAUUCUGGUAAGCGAUAGUUAUAGACGGAGAAUCUUUGAGUUAGGAUGCGAAAUUCAGCGCUUUUAGAAAGUGUUUUGCAUUACCUAACGAUAGUGCCGCUAAUUGAAUCGCUCAGAAGAUCAGAGCCAGGUGUUCAUCAAGAAAUUUGCAAUUGUGUAACUUCAAAUUUUGCUUGUUAUUCCAACCUUGAUUUGUUAAUGGCGUAUUCUGUUUCUAUUCUUUAACUCUGUUUUACCAGGGGCAUUUUAUUUCGGCUUGAUCUCUGUUUUGUAAGUUGAUCUUUUCACGCACUCACUUGUGAUCGAAAUACACGGAAGAGUCCCUUCUCUUCGAUUGUCUUCGUCGAUGAAGUUAUUGCUGUAGGAGGGAAUAGUCAUUUGUGGUUUAAAUUGUCCUUCUUUUCUAAUUUAUGGCUAGGCUUUUUAUAUCCCGUGAGCGGGGAGUGAAAAUGUUCCCCUAAAAGUAGUUCGAUCUAGUGGAAGACACCAACCCACCUAGCGAAGCUACCUGUAAAGUUUCAUGUUUGGUUGAAUCUAUACAGUACUUUUUAAACCAACACCCGCAGCUUGUGGUUUUUUCCCGGGAUAGGUUACCAUUUCUGAAAGACGAAAUAGCAUUAGUUUGUUAAGGGGGGCUCGGGGGUGUUAAAUUAGCUUACAGUGCCUUUACACAAUUCUUUGGGAUCUAUUUUUUGUCAUCGCUUCUGUGAAGAAGAAUUUUGUUCAGCAUAUCACGGUUCAUUAUGAGCUCCGUCUAUCCCUCUUUUUUGUGGUUUUUUUUCCAAAAUGAAGGGGAAGUAUUUGGUAUUUUUCGCAUCAUAUUUUGUUAGUUUUACCAGUGAUCAGCGAGAAAGUCGUUGGUCACGAAGUUUUUGAUUUUGAAAACUUUUAUGUUUAUGUAAAUUUGAUUUGAACACAGAAAUAGAAGCCAAAAACUUGAUUAACUUUAUUUUAUUGAGAGAAAAAGUGAUUACAGCUAAUUUUUACAUUACAUAGUAGGCACAAAAAUACAGAAGUAAAAGAUGAAAGACGUUCCUGGGACAACUUCAGCUUUAAAUCAAUUGAAAUUGGCUGAGAUACGAAUAUUCAUAGCUCAUACAAAAUAAAGUUGGGGGUGUUCUGCAGCAAUUCAUUAUUUUCAUGAAUAAUGAUAACAUAGAGUGAAGAUUAUAGAAGUUGAGAAGUUUUAGAAAUUUGUUUAUGGAUUUCUAAUUAGGAAUAGUAGUCUUAUGACUCAAAGCAGUCAAAAAGGAUGCUGGUAAUAAUAAUUGUGAAUACACCUGAAGUGAAGGAGAAUCGUAUGUCUUGCAAAAUAGUCAUUUCCUUUGUUUAUCUCAGUGUUGAUCCUUCAGGCAAUCCACGUCAGAAGUGAUGCACAUCAGAAGUGAUUUACAUCAGAAGUGAUCUAAGUUUUGAGACAAACUAAGGGGCAGAUAUCUUGGAAGAGUUUUUUCUGGGUUGAUUAAAUUGGUGACAGCCAUUAAGCAGUGUCAUGUAUUCAGAAAGUAUGACAGAACUUGAUAACAUUUGAGCAUAUCAUGAACUUGCAUGUUAAUCUAUAUCAACUUAAUAUGCAAAUUUAAGGUAAAAAGCUAGGAUUUCUUAAAUUUUCAACAAGGGUUAUGUUGCAAGUUUAAGUAAACUUAAUACAACUUUCACAAAAGACUGCCCAUUACACAUAUCAAGAUAAUGUGGCUGUACUGCAAGCUCCAUGUAUUGCAUUUUUAUAAUUGAACUCCUGAAUGAUAUAUUGCUUGGGGAAAAAAAAAGUUUGAUUUAGAGUCAAGUCUGAAAGUCUGAACCACUUAUUUUUGGGGGCCCUAUAUUUAACUCCGGAAUUUCUAAAAAUAUGAAAAACAAAACUCAACAAGCAAAAUUGCUUGGUAGUUAUAUACAGCUCAAGAUAAGGGGACCAAAAUAGAAAGAGCACAUAAAACAUUGAUAGUGUGUGCCUAAAAAUCUAUGUUUACUAGUAUUGACAGAUAAGCAUAUGCAUCUAUUCUUAAGGGCAAUUGAAUAAUUAAUAGGUAUGAGUUAGCCAAUUGUUUUCUCUAUUGUAGUAUGGUCAUUGAUUAUCUCAAUGGGCAUUGUAUUUGGAUGAAAACUAGUGGUUAAGUUGCACCAAUUGUCCGUUGAUUGUCUUGAUUCUUUCUUGUGUUUGUUUGUUCACUGCUGUAGUCUGUAGUCCUGCUAACUUAUCAUAGUUUUUUCUCACCAGCCAAUUUCAUCACAUGCUUAAAAAAAAUUGUACAUGUAAAAAAUAAGACCACUAAUUGGGGACUCUUAAAUUUCUGAAAAUAUGCAAAGCAAGCCACACAAAGUGAAAGUACUUAGUAGAUAUGUCUUAUCAAGUAGAUAUGAGCAGCGUACCUUAGCAACAAUUAAUUAGAGAAUUGCUUCAGCAGAACUGAAGAAAUAAUUGUUUUCAUGCUUGCUGUGAUGCUACAGAAGUCAAAAUGGCCUUUCGGGGACAGGUGAUAAAAACAAAAAUAUUCAUAGUAAAAAAAAACUAUUUGGUGAGAUUGGCACAUCCUGGACACUGAAGAAAAUUGUUGUAGUUGAAGAGAGAGAAUUUUUUAGUUUGAAUCAGGGAAUUAUAUCUAGUAAAAUGGAAGAUAUUUUUCUUACCAGGAUGCCACAGACAACAAUAAAUAUCUCACGAUCAUUUCAAAAGGGCCCCUUGCCAACGCAUUAUAAAAAGUCUUUGUGGAAAAUUUGAUAACUGACAGCAGCACAUCAUGGAAGCUCUGAAGAAAACUCUUUUUUAUGAAGAGAGAGCAUUUAAGAGUUUGAAUCACCAAAUCAUGCCUAGUAGAAACCAUAGUAAAACUAGGUAUAGAUAUAUGAGACUCGAAAUAAGGGGUGGUUAAAAGAUACUGUCUAGUCAGGAUGAGAGUUUGUUUGAAUAAGACUCUGGUUUUGUGAUCAUUUUGAUUGGUCAUGGACAGGGCGUUCAAAUUAAUAAGUGGGAAAAUUGAUAUUCACAUUAAUUGCGGAAACGAUUAGCAGUUAAAUCAUGAAAUAUUGUAGCUGCUUGUUGUCAGGAAAAAGGUGAACACGGAUGUUUGUGGUUGCCAGGAGGGUUUAUGGGUUUGCAUGAAUAACACAGAAACAUCUACGUCAGUUGAUAGGUCAAAUAGAUAUCACAUCAAUCAACAUCUGCUAUGAACCCACAAUUACAGUACUGUUUCAAUUGUUGUGUAGGAUGAGAAGAUUUACUCUCAAAAGAAGUUAAAAAUUCCUUAUUCAUAGCAAGUGUUAUCAUCUUCCAAAUCAUGAGAUAAAAUAUGUUGUAAAAUGCUUUGAAUUUUAUGAUUACAAGGUUUCUCUCAAUUUUUCUCCAUUUGGUGAUUGAACAUAUACAAUAUGUGCUGACAAGUGGAACAUCUAUGUCAUGGUGCUACUUGUCAAACAGGGAUGUGCUAAAUGUCUGCUUAUACUGCAAAAAAUAAGAAAAAAUAAAUUCCAGGGUGACUGACGGUCCACAUUUACCAGCUGAAAUAGUAACUUUUUAUUUCUUUUAUUGUUGCUCCAGCAUCUGAAUGUACUUUUAAUUAUCAAUUUAUUUGUAGUCUUCUAGCAUUAAAUGACUUCCGCAGAUAUCUAAGACUAACAGUAUUUUUCCCCCAAUGGUGAUGUAUUUUAUCAAUUUACUCAGGCACCAAUAAGUAUGGGCUUUGCUGUUGUAUGUGACAUUGAAUUCUUCAAGAGAUCCCUCACCUGAAGUGUGAGCGUAUGCCCUAUUCGUUUUGAACGGAACUCAAAAUGCUAAUGACCAGAACUGUUUUCACACUCAAGACAUGUGUAGAAGAAUGUAACAUAAUAGGAGUACAAGCCUUAAUCCUUCUCAAGGCAAAUUUGAAAACUUGCAAAUUACAAAAGCCUGUGUACAGCUUUAGCUGGCCAAAAAAAAUGUCACAUCAACAAAAUAUCAUAAAUCUUUUCCCAUCACUGGCACACUGGUUUUCCUGUGUUGAAUUUGCAUGUGGUCUGGAAUGUCAUGAGGCAAGAGGCUCCAAUGGUUUCUUUAAUGGUAAAGCACAAGAAUUGGUAACUUUCUGACUUGUUUGCUUGAAGCUGAAAACAAACAGCACAGUUUACAAAGUCUCGAAAACUCUGGCAAAGAAAACUCAAGUCCACAGCCACAUGACCAGUAACACACACACACACACACACACACACACACAAACCCAUAAACAAAAAAUCCCCAAAUGGAGUUGGGAGUGACAUCUGCUGAAAACAAUAUAUGGAGGUUUCAUUGACAUUCUCCUUGUCAGCCUCACAUGUCCAGUUUUCUGUCAAAUAGAAAUCAUUUCAUCCUGUGAAAAUGCAUCCAGUGAACUCUCAAUACUCUUUAGCAAUUAGUUUUUGAGCAUACAAGGAGAAAUUUUUGUCCUAAUUGGCCAAUACUUUAAAAUAGAUAUUUUUGACAUUUUGGCGGGUAUGUCAGAAAUGAGACAUGACUGCUGGUAUUUUUUUGGCCAAUCAACAUGACUGACAAGUGUCUGGAAAUUAAGUAGGUAUACGGUAUGAUGAAUACACUCUGAUAAACACUUAUAACUGGUUGGUAAUUCAGCUGGAAAAAAAUAGUAGAGGAAGUACAAGUCUGAGAAAAGUGUGAAUAAUUGAUAAAAAGGCUUGGUCACGUGUCUCUAUCUAUGCAAAUGAUACAUGUUUUAAGAUACAGAAAUAGUGAACCCAAUAUUGAAAUGUGUUUUGAAAGAUGGAGAGCCAUCUCUCCUAGGACCCAAAACUGCAAGGAGGUUAAGUUAAGGCAGAGUGGCAGAUCUUAACAAAGAGUAACUGUAAACAAGAUGAGAUGACCAGGCAUGCUGUACACAGUGAGCAUGCAUGAGAGAUAUCUGAAUUGGUAUUUACAAACAUUUCCAUUGCAAUUCACAGGGGUAUGAAAUAGGUAGAAACAAUUUUAUGUUUUUAAAAGUAAAACAAAGAAUUUAAAUAAUUAAUUAAUAAUAAAACUUUAAUUGUAAGACACUGUAUUAAGAACCGUCAAACGUACUUCUCUUCACAACAGCUUGCUUCUGGGAAUCUUUUAACUUGUAAGAGGAAUUUAUACUGUGCAUGUUAUAUUCAAUAAUCACAUUUCUGUUUCUUUUUAUCUCUAUAGGUAAAGGUGAAUCUUUCCCAGCUAAAAUGGUUCGAAGUGCAGAUAAGUUUCAUUUUCAAGAUAUUUUCAGUGGUCGUUUUUCUCCUGCAAUGUAUUCAUGUGACUGGGUAGAUGGUGAGUUUUAAUCUAUUUAUCAAAUAUUAUAACUUCACUAAUUCAAGUCUACUUAAAAUGUAGCUUAUUAAGUAAGGCCCUGGUCCUAAGACAAUGUGAAAAUAAUAGGCCUGGUACUUGUGGGACUAUUUCAGACUGGCAAGCCAAAGCAUCUUGAUUUAAUUAUACAUAGUGUACUCAUUGGAUAAUGGAGGAUUUGCUUGGAUUUUGACUAAUUUUGACUUAUUUAUCUUAAAGCAAUUUUUGCAGCUCUUAUUGUUUUGUCAUUUGGUUUAUACUUAGUAAAAUCAACCUACAGUGGGAGUCUUGAAAACAUAUAAAUUUAUGUGGUUAAAUUAAGUUGUGGAGUCAAAGAGAUGGUGUGCAUGAGGAGUGGUCUUCUUAUUCCCAUGUGCACUUUUGUUUGUGAAUUACACAAUGAAGUAAACACACUGCAGUCAAUUCACAGGCAAUACCCAUUUGUUCAAAUGAAAUUCUACAAAUGCAUGCUAUGCAUGCAAGAGUUGUAUUUUUGGGUGGGUGGAUUAAUUGAAACAUUGUAAGUGAUGUCUACAUUUUUACAAAAGGAAAGAGUAUUAACAUGGAAAAGAACAAAAAUGUUGAAUUAACUCACACACAGGUAUUUUGGGGUUGAUUGUGUGUGUUGUGCAAAUAACUGUAACCAAAAAUAAACUGUACUGUCGCCAGGGAUACCUGUUAGUACAAAAUGUAGACUGCAGACUGCAGACUGCAGAAUGCACUGAGUGCAGACCGGAUACAAAAUGUAGACUGCAGACUGCAGAGUGGGUACAAAAUGCAGACUGAGAAUGAAAAGUUUUUUUUUCGUCUGGUAUGUGAGAACAUGUCAUCUUACAACUUACUGAGCGUCAUGCAAUCACUUUUCCGUGAUCAGCUUUCACAAGUAUAUGCACUAUUGUGGAAUAUUCCUGGCCCAUUUCUUGAUCAAAAUUGUUCUUAAUAUAAUUUCAAGCCUUCAUAUAGUCUUAUCACUUUGCGUGCAAGUUGGCUGGUGUGAUGUCUGUACAGAUUUUACCAACUUAAUAAAAGUAGAUGUAGAUGUAGAUGUAAAUGAAAUGUCACUAUUGAAUAUUACUGUAAUUUCCAGCUGUUUACCCACAGGUAAUCUGUUGAUUUUGCAUUAAACGUGCACCACUGCAGGUAAUAGGGAGGUGUGGGUUAUGUGACAAUUUCAAAAUCUACUAGUAGUUGAAUUGAAAAAAAUUAUCACCAACAUGCGUUUCCACCUCUCAAAUGAAAUUUAUUGUAUUAAGAGUGCCACAAAGUGGCAUUAAAACAUGAUGCAUAAUUAUUUGCAUGACAAACAAAUUGCUAUCGGCAUGCGUGAAAACAAAACCUUGAUGGUCACAAAAAUAAUCCAAAGAUAACCGUCACAUCAGUAACAAAUUUCCAUUUAACACUGGCUUGAGCUAAAGAGAAUUUUCCUGUUUUAAGGGACUUUUUAAGCCCAAUAAAACCGGAGAUGUCAAUUUUUUUCAGAAAUUGCCGACAGUACUUUAUAAUUCAAGUUUUAACACUCACCCAACUUUCGCCUUCAAAAAGGCGCUGAACGAUCGCUUGCACAAAAUGUGCCCACAAAUUUGCAUUUUGUUAAGUAUGAUAUGUUGAGAUUUGAGCAUGGACCACUAGUGUUUUUACUGUAUAAUUUUAUUAAUAAAAUACAUGCUAACAUUGACACAGAAUUGUGUACACGUCUGAAUUUCUUUGACCUUUAAACUCGACAAAGACGCUUUCAAGUUUUCAAAAGUUAGAUCAGACAACUUUUAAAAGACUGAAAUGUAUCACCUUAAUAUUGAAAUAAUAAAGUUGAAUAACAUAGCAUGCGGGUUAUCCACCAGUGUGGGUAAUCUGUUAACUUUUUUUUUCAGCUGUAUGCAAUAAUUGGCUGGUGAGGGUAAAUGCGGGUAAAUGGCCAGAAAUUACGGUAACAAGGGCAAUAUUCAAGAAACAAUUGACAGCUUUGCAUGUGGUCUGUAUUAUCGUCUUUUUAAGCGGUAUGUGUUUAUUUUGUUGACUAAAAUGUGGACCGAGACCAAAACUGUUCCUUUGACUUGAUAUAUUUUCAAUUUUAGUAGAUCACAUCAUAUUACCUUACCUCUGUAAAUCAUUUGAUCAUUCCAGAUAACAGAUUCAAAUAAACAUGCUAAUGAUGGUAUCUGAAUUCGCCCUUGGCCAAACAUAAAUGAAUCCACAAGAUCACUUUCUCCAGGCAUUGAAAACAUUUCCAUUUGUCCAGUGUUCUCAAAAUUACCCUUGAAACAGCCAAACAAUUUCCCUCAACAGUCAAUAAUGACACAAAAUCCACCUUGCAAUAGGCUUACAACUGUUCAAACUUCUAACAUCGAAAGACCUGAUCCAAGAGAAAUGCACCAUGAAAUUGACUGCAACCAAACCAUUAAAGAGAGAACUCAACCAUCUUUUGUUGAAAAUCAUUGUUAAAUGAAAACACCCCUUAAUAUUGCAUAUCAAUCAAACACGAUGUCACAUGAGGGGACAAAGCUUCAUAGGAGCCACACAAAAUUGCCCAUUGUUAAUUUUAAUCAGACAUUCAUCUAGAGAUAGCAUCAAGCAAACCAAUCCAGAAAAAUAUAAUUUGCACUCUUAACAAAUCAUGAAUCUUGCAACACAGCUUGCCAUUAAAGAACUGCUGAAAAUCAAAAUGUUUGUUGCAAUUCAUGAACACCACAAGCAAUAUUUGAUUGAAAAUUUUUCCACUUACUCUUGUUGUGAAGGAACAAUAACCAUGAUCAUGCUACAGUGCACAGAACUCCAUUUUCUUUUGAACAACCAUCCACCAUUUCCACAGCAUGAGAAACACAUUUACAAUAGGUAAGCUGAUGUCUUUCAUCCAUCCAGUAGUAUUGCAUUUGUCAUAAAGUGCUGUAAAAUACAUGUUAAAAACACAGAAAAGCAGCAUUUCUUAUUCUAACUGAUGAUUCCAUUUUACGAAUCCCAGUCUAAUUCUUUGAAAUUUGAACACCUCUCAAACCAAAGAACAAAAAUGGCACUCUGAUUGGUGCAAGAUACAUACCCUCAUAUGGUGAUCUGAUUGGUGCCAGAUACAUACCACUCUAUAUGCUAACAUAUAGUUUUUUUGUUUUGUUUUGUUUUUUUCAAUAACUCAAAAGUGAGUCAGAAAAUGUGUAUUUAAACAAAUCGCAAAAAAGCUCCUUGUCCACCCAUGGCAUUAAAGAACUAAUCUUCACUGAGGUGUCAAGCAGUCCUUUUCCAUCCUGGAUCUACAAGAACACAUAUAUGUUGCACUAUUUGAUGAAAAUUUUAAACCAUUUGAAUUUAUGUACAAAAUUUACAAUUAAGUCAAUAUAAAAUUGAAGCCAAAGACUCUGUUUUAAAGUGAGAACUUGGUGUUGCGAGGAUGUUUACCACAGGCUGAAAUAUGAGACCCAACCAAAGAGUCUACCAUGAACAAUUUUUCAUAUACUGUGGGAAACAAUAGAUUGAAAGAUGAUGUUCCUUUAUUCAGAAUCUUCAGGUUGAUAUUGAUGAUUUUCUUAGGAAAAUUGGAACAAGUAGACAUUCAACCAAUGAGCAGUUAGGGUUUUAUUAGGAUAAUUCAGCUAUGAGUGAUUGUGGUUGCAGAACGACAUUCAUUGCAUUCUUGAGCCAUUUGUGCUUUCUGUUGCAACCAGAGCAUUAUUUGAUCAUCAUUAGCAAUUUUGUUUUUUAAUAAUUUACUCACAGAUGGUUGAUUUUGGUUUAGUAAGGAUGUGUGAAAUGGUUUGCAGACAACUGUUAACAGAAUUCUCAUUAAUUUUGUUGUCACAAGUCAUUUUAUAUGAAACAACUUGAAACAUUUCAUUGAUGUAUGAACAAAAUAUUUUUCUGAGGGUGUGUUGAUUUAUGUUAUGAGUCCGGGUAACUAGUGUUUCAUCCUGUCAGUGAAGUGACUCCUCUCUCUCUCCAUGUGAAUGACUAACCAUAUCCUAUUACUGAAAGAGAAACAUGUUAGGUAUACACUGUGGGCAGUGUAGUUAUGUUUUAUUUUGAUUGGAAUUUGUCAAAAUAUUUAACAAAUAAAGAAGCCUUGACUGCACUUUGUUCCAUUGUAAAGCACGCAGGAUGCAGCUAGAGCAUGAAAGAAGUAUAGGAAAAAACACAAGACAUAGUCAAGUGUUUCUCCCCACUUCUUGAUCGGAGUGCUCUUAAACUGCCUCCUAAGAUUUCUUGGGAUGACAGUGCCAUAAAACUUGGCUGCUGUGACUGAUGUGGCCUUCCGCUGAAGGCAUUGGAAAGGAUAUCAGAGUAAACUCUUGGUUGUUCACUCGCAAAAUGGCUGAUGUAAUUUCUGAAGCGUGUUUCAUAGCAAUGAUGGGAGAUUGCCAUUAUGAGCUAGCUGUGAUGGACCUCAGCAUUAUUGCAGUCACUCUGACACCAUCAUGAUUAGUAUGAAUUUCACAGUUAUGCCAGUUUGGCUGUACUUUUCACCAUUCCUGUUUUGUUUUUGAAUAUGAAACUAAAUAUACUACACUAGUGUUAGCUGUGUUUGAUUUUUAUUUAAGAAAAGUCCAGGAAAUGGUGGGACAUAGUGCAAUUUGGCAGAUGGCGUGACAGCUUUUGCUUUCUUGCUCUAUGUUCUAUACUCUGAUAGAGCAGGCUGUUUCAACCAAUGACAGUGCACAUUAUAUUCGCACUUCAUCAUAACAUAAAUUAAACAAAGUAUUUAAGAGUGGACUUGUAAACAUUUUUAAUACAGUAAUCAUGUAUUUUAAUCAUAAAUUUUAACAUUUUAAUGCCUUAAACAUCAUCCCUGAUCAUUUUCAGGUGGUGCUUAUGCAGAUUUUAUAGGUUUAAGGUUAUAAAUAGGUUGUACAGAGAGUCCAUUAUAACAACAUUUGACUUACAAAUUUAUGUUUUAUUACAGAUGAUAAAUACAUAACUUCCACACAAGAUGGAUUUGUAUUAAAAGAUUUAACCAUGAAUAAACCAGUUGUUUUACUAGAUGCUGAUACAAAGGUGAUUAUUAGAUACUUGUGUUGUAAUUGAGCUGGAUUUAGACUUCAUUAGUUACUGUCCUCUACAGUGCAUUUCACAGAAUGUUUGACAAACAAUUGUCCUUUCUUAGUGGGACACUGCUAUUUUAUUUGACAAUGAAAUGGAGUACAAUUGUACAAAUCAAUAAAUUUUCCUUUUUAGAGAAAAUUGGGGAUCCACAAACAUUGGUUUUCACCUGACAGAAGAUACAUUCUUUAUAUUAAAGAUCAAUUACAGGUAAGUUACACAUCAGUUGUCCAUAAGUUAUGAUAUUAUAUUAAUUACCACACUGGUAUAUAUUAUACCACACUUCUUCAGCCAACAGUUGUGUGAAAAAGAAGGGUUUUUAUUGAUGUUUUAACUUUGUUUUGUAUCUUUUUUCAUUUUCUUUCUUUCUUUCCUCCUUUUUCUUUUAGCAAUACAGAUAUUCAUUUUUUGCAAAGUAUUAUGUGUAUGAUCUCGUGAAUAGGUAUGUAUUUCUUUCUUGAAUUGUUAGCCACCUAACUUGAAAGUGGCAGAAAUAAAUGAAAAGCUUUUAUCAAUAAUUAUCUUUGAUAACAACAAGUUUAGGAUGUACAUUUAGCUAAGACUUAAAGUAAAUCUGGGUACCCAUCAGCAUUUUCUUUAUCCCGAUCAGCAUCUUCUGGUAACUACUAUAUUAACUAUUCUAGGCUUAAUCAUAAUAAAAACUCUUUUUCUAUCGUUGGGGCUAAAAUUUGGAACAGUAUUCCCGAAAGCUAUCGAAGUCUGCCGAAGCACAUAUUCAAAAAGAAAAUUCAAGCAUUACUAUUUGCAACUCUAGGAAGUCUGGAUAGUUAUGCUGACACUAGCACUCGUAUUUCUGAAAUAAAAAAGGCAUCUUAAUUAUAAUUCAAACAUAAUAUAUUAAUUUACUUUUUAUCACCUUUUCCCUCUUUUGUCAAAUAAUGUAUGCAAAAUCGAGUAAUUCGCAUAAUUCGUGUUUUUGUAAUUCGUGUUGUAUGUCCUUAACACUGCCUGCUUAGAUUAGCUCGCUAUUUGCAGGAGGUGAUUAUUGUACAAAGAUUUUCCUGCAAACUUAAUAAACUUGAACUUAUGUUGUUGGUAUUUUCAUUCUUUAGUUGAUUUGAAAAGUUGUAAAGUCUAGGAUUCAAUUCAUUUUAUCUGCAGUGAUAUUAUUCAAAUUGAUCCUGGGAAAGGAGAAGAUGCCAAGAAAAUACAAUAUGCCACAUGGGAUGAGAGUGGAAGUAGUUUGGUACAGUGAUUAAUUUAACGAAUAGAUUCCAAGUUGCCAUGCGUCUGUUUAGUAAUAGAUCACAGAUGAUGUCAAAAUGUGGUAAGAACAAAAAUGUGGCACACGAGGUGCAGCCAAGUGUGUCACUGAUGUUCGUACUGCAUUUUGAUGUCCUCUGUGAUCUAUUACUGAACAGACACACAGCAACUUGGAAUCUAUUUGUUUUGUAUAAUAAAGAAUUAAAAAAAGUUUUAAUGGUGAUGUCAUCUAUACGUCUGUCCUCCAAUAGAUCAUAAGUGAAAACCAAUCAGAAUGUGUGCAUAACUGAGCUUAUUAUAUAAUUGGUAUUUGUUAACAUGUAGAACAACUUCCUCCAAGUGCUGUUGAUGAUAUAUUCUGACCUACAUUGUACACUUGUCAAUUCUUAUCAAGAUUUACUCUCCCCUUUCUCUAAAGAUCUCUCAAAUGGUGGCAAAUGUUUCUAACAGAUAUGAAAACUUAAAAAAACAAAUUAAAACAAAGAGGAUGGGAAUGGAGCAUACUGUAAAAUUAACAAUUUUUUCUUCCAAAAAAAAGUUUUUCCCAUGAGUAAAUCCUUCUCUGGUUUCAUGGCAAUUGGUUGAAAAUUUAUGAAACAAAUUGAUGGCACCCAAAACCGACCAAUUUACACACAAAAAUGAAUCAGAUAGGGAAAAUUGUGCCUCCUUGCAUGCCUUUAACUUGUUAAUUGCAAAGGUGGGGUUUAUUUAUAGACUCAGAUGAACAUGUUUUUGUACGAAAACAAACUCUAACUGCAAGUUGCAUUUAAAAUUUGAUUUCAGGCAUUUGUGUACAAAAAUGACAUUUAUUACAUGGAGUCACCCAGGUCAUCUGUCAAGCGGCUGACUGAUAGUGGUGUGGAACACAAGAUCUUUAAUGGAAUCCCAGAUUGGGUGUAUCAAGGUUUGUGACUGUCACUAUCACUUCUUUAUCAGCCAAAAAGACUCCUGAAUUUAAUAAAGGAGCAAUUGAAAUUGGGCUCCAGGUUAACCAUGGUAUAAUGGCCAUUGUCAUUCAUUAUCAUACCAUAAGUGAAAGUUUUCCAAAGAAGAUGGUACAGAUUAGUGUGGAAAAGGAAGGUUUAGCAUUGCUUUACAUAUGAGGCCCAAAGAAAGUCACUGACGCACCACUGACACACCAUCAAUGCAUCUUGUACAUUAGAAGGAUAAAUGGUGGCCAAUGAGUCAGUUGACAGUCGGUCGACAGUCGGCUGACAUGUUGGUCGAUGCGUUGGUAGGAUCAGAUUCUUUACCUUUACCAAAUUUAGUAUAGUGUGCCAUGUAAUAUCCCUUUAAGUGUCCUGGAAUGUAUGGCUAACUGUGCCAUUCAACAAAAUGAGUGAAUGAUAUCACAAAGGGUAAAUGAGCUAACACCUCAAUUUGGAGAAAACACAACGAAAAAAACACUAGGCAAUGUUUCUGUAUCUUUAUUGAGUGUUUUUUUUUUCUUUACCAAUAGAUAGGAUCUCAGUUCCAAAUGUUAAACUAUGUAAUGUUUACUCAGUUUUAAGCCAGGCAGCAAUGAUUUUUUAAUGAAUCAAGCCAGGUGGUCUGCCUGGUGCAAAAUACCUGGGGAGAACACUGACUCAGUAGGAAAUCAGACUACUGUCACAAAAGGGUGACAGGCACUUUAAAUUUAUUUAGUUUGAGUUAAGUUUUUUAAGGCUUUAUGGUGAAAGUUCAGUUUACAAUUUACAACCAGAGAAUAAUUUUUCAUGUGAAUAGUCAUUCUAUAUAAUGAUAACUAAGGUUGUUGUUGUUGUUGUUUUUUUUUUAUACCACCUUCAACAACUACUGAUAUUUGAGGCUUUCAUUAUUUUAUCAGUUUAAAAAAGCUUGAGAUUUCUUUUCAGCUAGGUCUGACAGCUGAUUUUAGUAAUGCAUGGUCGAGAUUCACUGUUUAGUACACUUUUAAAAGUGGUUCUCCUAAGUUCUCUUAGUUAUGUUAGUUCCUGCACUUAAACAUUUGGUUAUUUUUUGCCUUUUUACAGAGGAGGUACUCAACUCUGACCAUGCCCUGUACUUUUCCCCCGAGGCUACAUAUAUCGCUUUUAUUCAGUUUGAUGACACUCAAGUGAUCUUGUAUCAGUUUCCUUGGUAUGGUGAUAAGAAAGAUUCAUAUACCUCAAUAAGGAAGAUUGCAUAUCCCAAACCAGGAUAUCCAAACCCAACAGUGAUUGUGAAUGUGACUCACCUGGAGACUGGGAACACAGUGUCCUUGUUGGAACCUGCAGAUUUCCGGAAAAUGUAAGUAUGUUUCCAGUUGCAAAGUGAGCAAUUUAUCUUCUAAAACCUCCUCCAGUUAAACCCUUUUUCUGGAAACGAUAUGUCGAUGAUGUUAUUUCCGCGGUAUCCUUGAAUUCAGUAGAGCUGUUGAUCCAAUUCACCCUUGAGCAUGAAAAGGAUAGACAUUUGCCCUUUCUUGAUUUAAAUGUGCCCAGAGGGGUUCAGGGUAAUUUAGAGACAAGUGUCUACUGUAAACCUACCCACACUGACAAAUACCUCACUUUUGAUUCUCACCACCCUAUUUGCCAUAAAAAGUCUGUAGCCAAAACUUUACUUAGGAGGGCUGACUGUCUACCAUCUUCACUCGAUUCGAAGGCUGAGGAGAGAAAAUUUAUUUCCAAUGUCCUAAAGGCAAAUGGCUAUACAAAAACUUUUCUCCAUAACUGCCAAAAACCAGUUACAAAUAGUAACGCUCUUGAUGAAAGGGAACCAGCGACUGGUUUUGCUGUUAUUCCUUACAUACAGGAUGUUACGGAACUCAUCAAGAGAAUUUUGAAUAGCCACAAUGUUAAAGUUGCUCAAAAACCUCUUCAGACUUUGGGGCGUAUUUUUGCCAAAUCUAAGGAUCCUGUCACAAAAGAACAAUGAACCAACGCCAUUUAUUCUAUUCCUUGCAAUGACUGUGACAAUGAAUACAUCAGACAGACCAAACAUCAGUUUUGUACACGGUUAAAAGAGCACCAAAAAGCGGUUUUCCUUUGCAAAAAGGAAAAUUCAGCUUUAUCGGAGCAUACAUGCCUAACUAACCAUUCAAUUGGUUGGGAUAAUUCUAAACUUAUCACCACUUAUCAGCAUUACCACCAGCGCCUUUGUUUGGAGGCUUGGCAUAUUAACUCCGCCCACGCUCCUCUAAAUCGUGAUGAUGGCGGUUUGCUUCCUGACACCUAUUUGCAACUCGUCAGAAAAAAGGCUGCUAAUCAGUGAUCAUAUAAAAGGACCUCUCUUGUUGACGUUUAGAUCACCCCUGAUGAAGGCACUAGACAGGAGUGUCGAAACAUUGGGUCUAUGAAUUGUAACUUCUUCAGUUACAUUCAUUAAAUCUGUAAACCAGAGUAGCAUCAAACUAUGUCUGAUUGUCCACCUGGUUGCUGUGUGAACUUUAAUAUACCUCCUCCAGUGUUAGAUCAAGAGGGCUACAUAUUGGCCAAGUUCUUUUCUACUUUAUGUUAUAAACAAAUUAAGACAAAUUCAAUUAGGUCCAUAAAAAUAACGAAAGGGUCAAGGUGUAGCCAUUGUAACUGGAAAGGCUUUGACAUCUACAUAGCAAAACAGCAUACAGGCAAACCUCAAUUCAUAAAUAUCCAGACUUGCCUCUCUGGUCCCAUUUUUUAUGAAUACUAAUUAGCCGCAUUUGAGAUCUGUGCGAUCUCUGAAAUGAUUAACAUGGACCUUCUUCACAUGUUAUUAGUACUUGAUCCAGAAAACAGGUGUCUAGAAUGGUCAAACUUACAUGUGCAUGUAUAAUCAAGGGGUUAUGAUUGUGUUGUAUCAACAAAUUUUUUUCAAUGACCAAGAGGCAGCAAGCAGAAAGGUGAAUAGGAAAUCAGAUGUUGUCUCUUCAGGGGAUCUUCUGCAUCCAGCAAUAGUUAAUAGUCAAUGAGAAAUUGAUAUUAAUCAAUUUACUAUAAUUUUUUUAUUCAUUCCUAGUGAUCAUUAUGUUGUGAACAUUGCAUGGGCUUCAGAAACAGCUGUAAUUGUGACCUGGCUUAACAGAGAUCAGAAUGAAGCAAUUAUUCAUAUGUGUGACCUGCAGCAGACAUCUUCUUAUCUGCGCUCCAUCUGUAAACAGGUUAUCUUCAAACAUCUUUCAGAUGCCAUUAACUUUUUUUUUGUGUUGCGUGAUUGUAAACAUUUGAAAGGUUUCACCUAAAACAGAUUCAUUGCUUUUUGAACGUGAAGGUGAACACAUGAUAUUUGAAGAGUUUAUUUUGUCCAUUUUUUCAUGCUUGCUUAUUUUUAACACAGUUUGAAAUUGUAUUUUUUAGUUCUAAAAUUAUAUUCAGACAUUUUUGCUAUGUUUUCAAAGGAAAAAAAUGUUAAAAACUGUCUUUAAUUGAUGUGAAAUGGUUUUUAACUGCUUCACUGUGUUAAUUGUCAAUUAAACAACCUCCUUCUUAUUUAUGGAUCAUCAAUCACAUAUCUAUGAAUGAAGAAUUUUAUUUUGAGUAAGAUGAGUUACUUAUAACCAGUAAAGCGACUUUGUCAUAUGCUGUUGCUUAGAAAUUAUUUAUGUCCAACCCAGGAAGGGUCAGUAAAAACUCCUGAGGCAGGAGAUAAACAAUUGAAACUUAAUUUUCAUGUACACUGUCUGAAAGAAAACUCCCAGAGGGGAUAAGGUUACAAACCACAAACUUCACCCUGAGGGGUAAGGAUAGUGUCAAUUGUUAUUUAAUGAAAGUCUCUGUUUAUUUUAGAACUCUGUUGUUAAAGUGCAGAAUGGUUGGGUGGAUGAUAAGGUAUGCUUUCUUGUAAAAAGUUGUUCUCUGUGCCUUUCAGAAAUUCUCUGAUUAUUUUUAGUAGUUAUAUAAUGAUGGAGGGUCCUGCAACCUUCAUUUUUUAAAUAUGACUGGUAAUGUCAAUGACAUGAUUAAUCUUGGAUUUAUCUCAACUUUCUUUCAGUACCAAACUCCUCACUUCUCCAAAGAUGGAUCUUACUUCAUUACGAAAUGGCCAUUUUCACAACCAGGUGGUGUGGGAAAAUUUAUUCAUCUUGCAAAGAUAGGGACAAAGGUUUGUUUUGCAAUCAAGAGAGCUAAAUAGGUUCUGGAAAAAUGACAGUUCAUUACAUUAUUUUCAGUGAUUGACUGACUUCUCCUAUUAGUUUGCUUACUGGACUCCAAACUUAAAUAUCUGGGCCUAAGUGGUGGGCAGACUCUUGUGUUUGUGUGUUGCAUUCUCAGGCAAGACACUUGACUGUCACAGCUUCACUUAGGAAAAGAAGUAGUUACUGAUCAGCUGUCAGGGAAACAGGACAGAAUGGUUGAUAAGACUUACAGCUGUAGGGGAAACCUGCAUUAGACCCAAGUUGCAUCCAGACUAAAACAGUAGCAAAACUCUAUAUCACAGUUGUUCAAAUGCUGGGUCUUCCAUAUUAAAUAUCCCUGCUGUGCUCAUAGGUUAACAAAGUGUUAGUCAUAACGUGUAUGGCUAAAGACCAUUUUUCAAAGGGAGGAUAACAUGAUCCACUGGUUAAUUCUCUGUAAGGGAGAUAGCACAGAUCAUUUUGUCAACUCUCAACUGCUGGAUAGCGAUUAAUCCAUCGGAUAGUGUUAUCUGCUCUUAGAACAACUGGGUCCAGAUGGAAAUUUUUACCUAACUUUUGAACAACCAGAUCCUAGUCUCUGAGUGAAUGAUCAUUUAACCUCUGCUGGUGAGGAUUUGUUUGUGGGUUUGUUUUCAUUUACUUCUCUUAAUUUGCAAUUCAGUUGGUUUUUGUGAUUUCAGGGAAACACAGAUCCUGUAGAAUUAACUAGUGGAGCUUGGGAAGUUGUGAAGAUUCUUGCUCAUGAUGACAAAAAUGAGAUAGUGUUAGUAGCAUUCACUGGAGCUGUCAUUAAGAUAUUAUAUUUUAGAAAAUCAUUACCUAUGCUUUUACAAUCUGUACAAAUUUGAAAACAAUUUUUUGAUAUGAAUAGAGAUAAUGAACAACUUUUUACAUCAAAUUUGUUUGCUGAAUAUGUCUGAGACACCACUUUGCUUAUAGUUUCAAGUGCAAUUAGACUGAAUUAUUUGUAUCAUCAGUUUUAUUGCUCUAAUACAAAUGAAAAAUAUUUUUCACAAAUAUUUCACGCAAGUAUUCUAUUGUUUAUGAAAUGUUUCUCUGAUUUGUCAGCAUAAUGACAAUGAUGACAAACAGGCUUUAUCAACUUGUGCAUUUUUGUUCACCAAAAUGAACAAAAACUUCCUUUUCAUUUAAAAAUGGUUCUUCAACCAAAAGUGUAACAAUAACCACUUGAAUGGAAGGUCUUAUGCAUUUUUACUUCUACCAUGAUCUUAACUUGAACAUUUUCACAUGACUUUAGAAGAAUUACUAAAAUAUAAAUGGGUUACUCUAUGAAUUAGCAAGCCACCAACAACUCCAUCUUAUGAAUGAUUGACAAGAUUAACCUCCUCACCUUGGUACCUCCACAUAGUAAUUAUACUUGAAAUUUUAAUUUUUGAGGCAAGGGAAAUGUUCUUGACUUACAGAUACUUCAGUGCAACCAAGGAAUCACCAACUCAGCGUCAUAUCUACAGGUCUGUUAACACUUGUAAAUGGCUUAAGGUUAUUUAUAGGAGCAACACCCUUGGGUGUAAAGAAACAAUAAGUGAAGUACUUUCAAUCAUCAACUGGCUUAGAUCCCAUAGGAAAUUUAUAAGUGCAAUGAUGUAAAAGUGUCAGGUUGAAGUAAAGGUGCAAUUUAUCUCAAUAUGCUCAGGUUUUAGCCCUUUGUUUGCUUUCAAUUUAGCUUCGUUCUUGAACUCAUUUGAUCGGUUGGAGUUCAUCUGAAGGAUAAAGUUUAGUGAGGGUGAUAUCUGAUAGUACAGUUUUCCAUUCAAUUCUCCAGCGUGGUGUUUUUCUUUUUCAAAAUUUAGUGACCAGUUCUAAAGUAGAUAACACCAUGGCACUAAGAGUGGUGGCAACUUGAAGAGUUUUAAAACUGCUUGUGGGUCUUGAAUGUUUUUCUUCAUGGUGUACUUGUUAAGUGCAUCUUCUUCUAUCAGGCACCACUCCUUUUAGUUGAUUAUUGAGAAUUUUUACUCAUGUCACAUGAGUGGUGGUAGAGAUUGAGGGAACUGAUGAGUGUAAUUUUCUUCUGUCCACCAGCACAUGUUCCUUGCAAUUCUUUGCCUUUUAAUUGUGGUUCUUGUUUCCUUGGUUCAAUUUUCAGUGUCAAGAUAAAAUCAGGAGAGCUUUCCUGCUUGACUUGUGGUCUACCCACAGUGAUAAGUAAGAGGCUAUGGUAUUUAAAAGACCAUGCAUCCUCAUUUGCAUAGCUUUGCAUGCCUGUAUUUUUGUCUUGAAUGUAGAGUGCCAGUUGGCUUUUAUUUCCCAAAAGUAAUAAAAAUUUUAAUUGCAUGCAAUUUGUGCAAUGCAUUUAAAAAAUGGACCCUUUUUAUAUAUUGACAAGCUUUAUAUGUAAUAUAUAAUAAUAUGUUGUAAAAUUUAAUAUCAUAAGCUAGCUGGGUGAGUUUGAGCAUGAUAUCAUGAUAUCACAUGGCCAGUUUCCUCAAGGAGGCUUUUCAAAGGCAUGUGAAAGGAUUUCAAACAAGCCUAAAGUUGUAAAUCAUGCCCAUCAGAGGAGAUAAGGCAGUGAAGAGGUAGAGACUGCAGCAGCAACAUUUUAUUUCCUGUUUACAGCAUGUCAGAAUGUAUAUGAUCUUCUUGGUAUCUACUCGCUUUUUCUAAGAGUGACCUGUAUUGGAACUGUUUUCUGUUAACUAUUAGAAAAUAGUUAUGAAAGGUGUUCCUCAUCAAUAAAUUUUUCUUGAUCUUAAUCUUAAGUCUUAAUUUUUUGCUUUAGAGGGAAACAAGUGUUCCUACUAUAGCGCAAGUUUCAGCCUUGGUGGUAGCUGGUAUAUCUUGUACUGUCAAGGUAAUUUUGAAAUAUCCUGUUACGGGCUCUCUUUGGUAGUGAUGACAAGUGACAAGCCAUGCUUGGAGCCCACUGAUUUCAUGGGGCUUCACUAGUUAUGUUGUAUUGUCAUUGAGAGCUUGGUCAUAAGCAAGAUAAUGAAUUGAUUGUGUUUGAGAGGUUAUGUAUCACUUUGGACAGCGUUAGCUGUUGUAUUUGUUGUUUGAAUGGUUAAAUUUGUAGAGUUGGACAUGUUUUUUUUAACAAUGGUAAGGAAAUGUUAUCUCCAAACCACUUACUGUGAAUGAGACAUCCUCAUUUGAAUUCAAGCAAUUUAUUAGCCAAGGACUAAAAAAUUGAUUGAAAUCACAAAUCUAUCUCUCUCUCUUUCUUGCUGCUUAUUACUUCUAUGAUUGCAUAUAUAGAUGUUCAAUUAUGAAGAUCUAGUCACACUGUUAAAUUGAAUUUAUCAUUUGUCAAAUGAUGCCCCUAUUUAUUGGUGCAUUCUUUUUUCUUUUCUUUUUUAACUUUCUUUUAAUUGGUUUUUAGGACCAGGAAUACCUGAAAUAACUCUUCGAAGCACAAAGAGUAGUAGAGGUGAAUUUUGACACUUUGUGGUAAAAUACCUGGCUGCAUGUGAUGUUUUUAGGUGCACACCUUCCUGUGCAUUAGGAUAUGUAUGUAUGUAAAAAACUGUGCAGUCAAGUCAUUUCUUUGUCAAGACGUCUUUGCUACCAUUAACUACUAAUCUUACAUUUUUGUUAUUCUUGGCUCAUGCAUGUCAAGGGAGGGUCAUAAAAAGUUACUGAAUGUGAUUUCUCUGAGAAAAACUAUGGCAUAAAGGCCUUGACGAAGUUUUUGAUUCAUUAUACUUUAAACCCUUUACACCCUAACAUCAGUAUCGGUAUUCUCCAAACUGUUCUUAAUACAUUUCCUGUGGUGCUGGAAAGGAGAAUUUGUUUAACAUUCAAGGGCUUCUUCAGUUGGUGACCAUUUCCUUUAUUCUCAUAACUUUCAUGUUUGACUCAGAGAUGAUAUUAUAAGGAGAAAUUGGAUGCUAAUCACUCCUUGGGGCUAAAAGGUUAUACCAACAUAAUCAUAUAUGAUGGGAAGCAAAGGUCAUGGCAAGUUUUGGAGCUUGAAAUAGUACAAAUCCUUUCAUUAUUUGUGUUCACAUGCUCUUGAACAUGAAUUUUCAUUAUGACAUAGAGCAUCAGUUUGCCCAGAUCUUUGUCCAAUGUUUCUCAUUGCUAGAUGUGAAUGAGAAGGGAAUUUUUUUUACAAAAUAUGUAUCAAGCUUCUAUUCCAAGUAUGCACCUUUAAUUAUUGUUUGGGUUAGUUCCAAAGAUAGAAUAAUCACUUAUGUUGACAUUUGGUUAGUAUGUGGUUUAGCAAACCACCAAGUGAAGGGUAUCAGAGGGGUGGAGUGGGAGGUUACAAAUCAAUAAUCUUUGCAAGGAUUCUGGAUAGUCUUUGAUCACAUAAUAUAUUUGUCACCAGCCAUUCUAAAUGUGGAUUCUUCAAUGCUUUUUUUUUUUCAUGUGUGGCAGUUGAGAUCCUGGAAGAUAACAGUGCCCUUCGUAAAAGAUUGGAUGGAGUUUCUUUACCCAUCGUGGAAAAUUACAUUGUGAAAAGUGGUAGCUAUGGUUAGUAAAAUCUGCAAGAAAUGCAUAAAUUUAAUUUGGAUCCAAGAGUAUACAGGGUCUUUUUAUCUUUGAUGUAAGUAGGUAUUGCUUCAAAGUGAACAGUGGUUGAAGUUGUUCAGGAAUUCUUGCCAAGUAACUGCCAGCUGCAACUCUACUACUUACAACAUUUGAUUUUCUGCCCUCUCCUUUUGUGUUCUCUAUUUACUGGAGGACACAUGUAACUUACUGUAAUUCUUAUGUCUUCUCACUUCAGAUCUCUAUGUAAAAGAAUAUCGCCCACCAAACUUUACUCCAGAAAAGAAAUAUGCUGUUCUGUUUUCAGUGUAAGUUUAGUUUCUUGUGAAGUAUUAUCCUCCUUGAAUUUCCAUGCAGUUUUUGACUUUAAAAAAAAAUAGUAGUAAUAAUAACUUGGGUUUUUGAAUAAGCUUCUACACAUUAUAUUCAGUGUGGGACUUGACAUUUAAGUAUCUCCCAUCUGAGUAAAUCCCAUUGGUGAAAAUUCCAGUGCCUUGCUAUACUUUUCAAUAUGGCCAAAAAAAAAAACAAAGAAAACAAAAAAAUAGACAGGAACGAAAAAAAAAGGCUUUUUGUAGUUUGGGAGGUGUGUGAGAUGUUUGGUGGAGCUGUGUGAUGUCUUGGAUUUGAAAGAGUAGUAUGUUGUACAAAAACACUCCAAGGAAAAUUUAAAGUAUCUACUGUGUUAUCCUGCAAAGCCCAAUCAUCUCUAACAUGUUUCAUACGUACUAAGAUUAACAUAAAUUACUUUUACACUCUUUUCAGGUAUGGUGGUCCAGCAUCACAGAAGGUUUUUAUAAUCAGUAUUACUUUUCAUGUCAGUCAAAAGUUACAGUUCAACUUCAAUGUUUUUUAGCCUUAAGGAUUUUGUUAGUUUACAUGGUUUGUUCUCUAAUAGCUGGGUUAUAUGGAAUAUUGGUGUUUCAUGUGCAUGCAAUUGGAAUAAGAGACUAGCUGGCUUGGUGAUUAGUGUGGCAUACUCUGGAUUAAGGCACAAGGAUUUAAGCCCUGUAGGUUGCUUUGUGAUGUGUUUUUGGGAAACACAUUUUCUUAAGGCCUCUCCCCAAACAGAAGGAUGGACAAAUGUUUUGAAAUAUAUAACAUUGUUGAAGGGUUUGUUUUUUAUGGAGUAGUAUAACAUCCAGAUAAAGUGCUUAGAUAGCUUGAGGUCAAUGAGAAGGUGGAACACUUUUGUUUUGUAUGACUCCAGCUGCAAGACUCAACCUUUUCAUGUUCUUCUGUACAGCUCGGCUUCUGAAGCUGGUUUGGCAGUAUUUUCUUUAUUAUUUUUGUUUUGCCAUUAGGUUGUUGACAGUUAUGGUUAUGGAUUUGAAACUGGUUAUUUAGUCAGCAACUUUGACUUGAUUGUGGUGAAUGUUGAUGCCAGAGGAACAUGCUGCAGAGGAGAAAGGUGAAGGAUAUAAUGUUCUCUUUCUGAAUGGUUUUUUGAAUUUUAAAUGUUAUCAAAAGAACAUCUACAAACAAUCAUUUAACCCUAUCAUUGUUCACUGUUCCAGCUAUCUAAGUGUCAAUGAAUAGGUAUCUGUCCCUGUGUCUUCAUGUUCACUCUACCAAAAUAAGGAUAUCAUGACUGUGUUUUGUUGAUAAGUCAUCAGUAUGAAGCAGACUUACUACAAACAAUCUUAGUAUUUCCAAGUUAUGCUAAUCUUGGAAGCAAAGCUGAAAAUUGACAGCUUAAGUAACAGAACUUUUGUUUUUCUUGUAGAUUUAAGCAUGAAGUUUAUAAACAUCUGGGAGAAUAUGAGGCUGAAGAUACAAUUAAUGUUGCCAAGUAAGUUGGGGAGCUAACAAAUUGUACACAGGGUAAAUCACUUUCUGUAUUGAUGUCUGUCUUAAGGCAUAUUGGAAUGUUCAGUUAAAAGAAUUGGUUGAUACAGAUGUUGUGACAAUGGCAUUUUGAAUGAGGGGACGGCCAUACGGAAAACUUUGUUAUAAAGAAGGCAGUAAAGAUAGCUUAACUGUAAUGUAUUACAAUAUGGCACCAAAUUAGAGAUACUAAACAACUGAAAUGUAGAAUAGUUGUCUAAGAGAAUGAAGGGCCAAAAAGGGAUAACACCACAAUUUUUAACUGCAAACAACUUAUUCCUGAUUAGUCUUACCACUAGUGUCAUUGAUUUUGUGAAAGUUACAUUCUGUGGUCUUAUAAAUCAACUUCUUAAUAGUCUUAGCUUUGGUUGUAAUUGAUUGUUUUUGUUUUAUCUUCAGGAAAAUUGCAAAGAAAGAUUAUGUUGAUGAAACAAAGAUGGCCAUAUGGGGCUGGGUUAGAAUAAGUGUUUUGGUGUUACCUCUGAUUGUUUUAAUUCUUUUUGUACAUACAGUGUGAAACUUCUUUGUAAAGAGUUUUGUAUAAUUGUGAUAUUUUGGUUUAAUAUACAAUCAUCACUUUUUCAUUCUUACAUUUUCUAAUUUGUCAAAGGAUGUGUUAAAAUGUGCAUGCAUUUAGGUGUUAUUCUCAUGAUAAUCCAAUUUUGUAUUGUAGUCAUAUGGAGGGUACUUGACAUCCUAUGUUCUUAGUGUUAACUCUGGGGUGUUUAAACUUGGAAUGGCUGUUGCUCCUGUCACAGAUUGGAGAUAUUAUGGUGAGAAUGUAGCAAACAAGGUUAUGCACUUUGCUUGAGAGGAGCAUACCUGGAUUCCCACUGCCUCUCUUGAAUGAAUUCAAUGUACAAAGUGUUUUUAAAGCUUUUCUCUAAUGGAUAAAACAACAGUUGCCAGUUACAUGUUGAUUACUUCUCUUUCCAUUUCAAUAACAUACUACUGAUAACCAUGGAAAUGGAGAUACAUCAUUAAAUAUGCCUCUUAUUUCAUGUUGUGGACCUCUUGAGAAUACUGACAGUGUAGUGCAUUGUUUCAGCAGGUUGAAUACUUUGGGUCAUUAUAAUUUGAGUUGUGACUGGACGAUUUUGAUCCAUUUUGCUUUUGGGUUCUUUUAUUUGGAGGUUGCCAUUAAUACCUUUUGUCUCACUAUAUGUGACAGCUGACUCUCCUUACAACACAUUUUUCUUUUGGCUGUUGUUGAGAUGAUAAAAAAGGUUUGCAAGGUUGACUAACUUAACAACCAGAUUGGGUAUCUCACUGAAUGAUACCUUCCUUGCACAUGCUUUUGGUUGAGGGAAAAUAUUUUACUAAUACCAUGUCAUUUGCUUCCUUUUUUUUAUGCAGAUUCCAUUUACACUGAACGUUACAUGCUCACUCCUAAACAAAACUUAAAGGGAUAUGAGGUAGUUUUAUUGAUAAAUUAUUUUGCUGGCUCCAAAUAGAAAACUGUGUAGCUUUCACCUCUGAAAGGCAAGAGCUAAUUCGCCCACUGAUGCCCCAAGACUCUUUUGUUGGCUGUUCCUGAGAACCAAGUGUUUUAUUCUGUUAAAAUCCUUUAGUUGGUAAUGUUCUUAAUACACAUUACCUGUAUCUGCCUAAUAGCAUAUUAAAGUUGCAAUUCAGUUUACAUCCUGCUCAAAUCUGGGUGUAGAUGUGUGAACCAAUCCCUGUAAGAGGUAGAGAAGAGAUUCUGAGUUGGUUUCUCUGUAUUACAAGGCUAAUGCCCAUACUACUUGACUUGUUGGAAGGGCCACAACUUGAUUAUUUGUCAUUUAUGAAUUUUAGAUAUCAUCAGUUCUUAACAAGGCAAAAAAUUUCCAAAAU